AUGGAUAAUUAUUUUGUAUGGUAUGCACAUGGCGAGUCAUUACCUACACAUGAUGUGGGACAAUGUUCAAACCCCGUAUCAUCUCAACGUGUGCGUCAACGCAUAGACAGUGAAAUGGCUCAAGACAUUAAUGACGAUUUAGGUGAAUAUACCAUAUAUGAGCAAAUGGUUAUGGAGAGCAUGCAUCAAAAUACUGAUACUUAUUAUCAGCAAGGACCACAACACCCAAAUCAAUCAGCUGAGAAAUUCUAUACCAUGUUAAGGCUUGCAAACGAGCCUUUUACUGGUGGUCGACUACACGACAGUACUGGUAGUCGACCUCAGGACUCCAGUCCUAAUGACCGACAGCGACAGGGAUGUACACGGCUUACAUCGUUGAGUGUUCAUGAUGCUGAGAACUUAGGUCGUGGAUACGCUGGGAGUACUAGUGAUGUUGGUAUAUCUGAUCAAAUGGACGAUACGCAGAGGAUAAUUAAACGUCGCCGCGUACAUGAGGCCCACAAUUCUGGCAUCGACCCUGACAAUGAUUCUGAAGAAGAAGAUGAUGAUGAUACGCAACGCUACUCAAAUGUCGCAGAUACACCUCAUAGAUAUGGCGAUACUAGGCCGUAUCUUGAGAAGUUCGGAAAAAAGUUUGCAUCCUAUCAGGUACAUCAUCAAAUCAGACUUAUAUUUGAUCAAUUUUUAGAUGGAGCAUGGCCCACAUUUACUAAGCUUCCGCCUACAGUAUUUCAGCAAAUGUUUCGUGCUUUUGGGAAAUACUAUCGGUGGGAUUCGGUAAAUGAUGGAAUGAUCGAGAGUGGAUUUAGAAGUGUGGUGCAAGAUCGUUAUUCAGACAUAAUGAGUGAAUAUCGACAUGAAUCUGCAAAUAGAGCUCGAGCGGCCGGUCACAACAUCCCGAACACAAAUAACGACUUUGCAAUCAUGCGUGAUUUUGAGCCUAUUAGUUUCAAUGAGGACGUAUGGAAGGAUUUGUGUAAAUAUUGGGACACAGAUGCUUGGAGAAAGAAGUCGGUGGCCGGGAGAGCCAACCGUAUGAGCGGUGACGACACCGGUACAGUUUCGAGACAUACAGGGGGAUCCAGGGGUUAUGAUCAGUAUCGACUGGAAUUGCAAAAGGAAUUGAAACGUAUCCCUACAUUUCUGGAACUUUUUCUUAUUACCCACCUUACUGCAGAGGCCAAGAAAAAAUUCAAGGCUAAAGAUUAUGAUACAAUUCAAGAGUUGGAGUUUUGUACACCUACUGCUAGAGCAAUAUGUGAGAGAUACACUAGUGCCAUGGUUGAAAAGUACGAGGAGGACCUAACUCAACAUCCAGAGGGUGAUGUUGACUUGUGGGUGCAAGCACAAGAAGGGAGAGGCAAGUGCAGACGUAUUUACGGGGUAGGAAGUUCAGAUCUACAUUUCGUUGUCAUGGGGACAUCAUCCAACGGGAACAAACCGACCUCUUCUGAGUACCAGCAGUCACAACAGCGGGUCCAGGAAUUGGAAGAAGCUCAUGCCGAAUUGGCCCGACAAAAUGGUGAAAUGGCCAAAAGACAAGCACAAAUGGAAAAACAAAUGGCGGAAAUGGUCGAGUUCAUGAGACGAUAUGACACUAAUAAUCGUCCCGACAAUCCAUCCAAUCCAUCAAAUGCUCCUUAGGUUAUUUGUUGUAAACGUUUGUACGGUUUUAAGACUUCUAUAUUAUCUUUUUGGUUUACAUGAUUGUUGAAACUUAUGUUCUAAAGUGUAAGCGUUUGUAUGACUUUUAGAUAUAUGGAAUGAACCAAGUUUUUUUGU